GGCUCGUCGACUCGUCGGCGCCUCUCCUUUCCGGUUUUACCCCCUUUUUCCGUUCGAUUCCCCGGGGGGACCGCGCGCGCGCUUCUCUAGCGGGGCGAUAUUUCGCGCGUGCUCUAACCCGCUGCCUUCGGCUCGCUGGCGAUCCCUCUCCGGAUGCGGCGUGCUGACCGCGUCGGGUGUGUCAACGUAAUCGCAUCGUCGGGACCGCACGGACACGUACUCGCCGGUGACCGACUCGAACGGAACAGCACGGAGCAGCGGCACGGGCAGCUCGGCACGGGCUUCACGGCGGUCAGCUGGUCGCCCGUCGUACGCUCGUCUUAGAUGCUGGUCGCGAAAGCGCGCGGGACGACGGUACGGACAGUCGGCGCUCGCCGGUGCUGCAAGGAGGAUGUGUGCCGGCGGCGUCAUGGCCUAUAAUAGCGCGUCACCAUAGCCUCCGAAAGGUUCCCCGAUGGAGAGUUCCGGCGGCGAUAAGCAGAACGAGUCGGACGAGUGCGACGUGAACAGCGACAACAGGAAGCGGGAGGACGACACGACCGGCCAGAAGAAUGUCGAGCGGAAGAUGAAAGCGGAGGACGAGCGGGAGACACCCCGGCGGAAGAAGACCGCGGAGAAGCUGGAGAUCAGCGCGGAGGGCGAGAUGAAGGGACAGAUGAAGACGCUGUCGGCCGACGACGAGGAGGUCGACGAGGAGGACGAGAAGAGCAAGGCGUCUCUCGUGGACGAGGAGGAGCCCAAGGAGGAGACCAGGAGCGCCGGCAAGAAGGAGGAAGAGUCGUCCAGCGACACCACGUCCACCAGCACCUCCGACGACGAGUCUGAGACGAGCUCGGAAGACAAAACGGAGCCGUCCAAGCCGACGGAGAACACGACGACGACCACCACCACCACCACGGCGACGGCUCAGGCGGAAACGAAAGAGGAGGGAGGACGGCAGGAGUCGAAGGACAACAAGAACGAAGACACCACGGACGACAGUGACAUCGAGGAUGACCUGGUCUCGGCGAUCAAUUACAACACCAUCACCUCCCUGGCGGCGCUCAAGGACAUGCUGCAGUCCUCCGGGGAGGACUCGGACGGCGUGGACAGUUUCUUCCAGCAUUACUUUCUGUCGCACGUCAACAGGCUGCCGUCGCGGAACCAGACCCACAGUCCGUAUCCUUGGGGCAGGAGGCUGUCGGAGUGUCGGGAAGAGGACGAGUACGAGACCGAGGAAGGGAAGAACACCGACAGUCCGAGCGCUGACAACAAGAAGGACGUGGCGAAGAUGUCGCAGGGCGAGAAGGCCGACAGCGUCUCGUCGAAGACGUCGAAAGCCUCGAGCCCGUCCUCCUCGGAGAAUUCCAGUUCGGAGAGGAUCGAUGAGAAAUCUAUGCCGACGUCCAGCGUCUCGGAAGCGAAGCCGCCGUCGCCGUCGUCGUCGUCGACGGUGGCGGUGGCGGCGACGACAGCGCCGGUGGCAGCGACCCCGUCGUCUUCGGUAACGAGCACGACCACCACCGCGACGACGACUGCCGCGACGUCCACAUCGACGGCUACGUCCUCCGGCAGGUUCACCACGUCAACGGUGGUGACGUCACCGACCUCCACUACGAAGCCUCCUCUGAGAAGGAGGCACACCACCGGCCCGGGCAUGACCUUCCCCGCCACCGAUCCUCCAACGUAUUCUACCAGCAUGACCUUCUCGAGAACGAGCCCGUUGCCGAGUCCUCAUCUUGAUAAGAGAUUCUUCGACAGUAGCCUGAUCGAGAUGAAGAGUCAGGCGAGCAGCAGCAGCACCCUCGAUUACGACUCCACGGAGGAGGUGUGGGUGCGCAGAAUCGACUUCGUGCAAGAGAGGAAACGCCGGGAACUUGGCUCGCAACCGCUCCCAACGAUUGUCACCGAAGAUGCGGAUAAUUCGAACCAUGGUUCUCAAGGUCACAGGCCACGGGCAGAUACAUGGGGCUCACACUCGAAGUCGAUCAAGAAGUCGUCUUAUGGGAGUGCACCCAGUUCUGGAAAAUCGACACCUCUUCCGCAGCCGGCGGAACCGUCGAGCUCGUCGAGUUCCGGCAAGGACAGCAAGGGCGGCCGAAAGGCUUCCGGCACUCGGUCCGGUUCGACCAGUCGCAGUAACAGUCGUAGUAAUAGCGCGGAACGCAGAAGAAGCGGCGGUGCUGCCGAUGACACCGCCAGCCCUACUAGGAAACCGGCGCUCUUUGACGCUUUCAGACCGAGGAGCAAGUCGGACGCUAGCAAGAGGAAACCCAGUAUUAUAGCUAAUAUGAAAAGUGCCGUUCAGCAUUCCUUGCACAGAGGAUCGCACGGGAGCUCGUCGGUGGAUGUACGUAUAGAAAAGGAGCAUCACAAGGAAAGUCAGAAGGAACAAAGAGACAGUAAGGAUUAUCAGGGCGGCCGGCCCAGAGCUGGAUCCGAGAGUAGCAGAAAUCCUGUGAGCAAAGUCAUGGAUCUCAUUAGGCACAGGAGCCACAGUGCCUUGAGCGCGGAGGACAAGCGGAAAGCGAGAGCGGCGGUGCAGCAUCAGGCACAAACAGCGCCACAGAGUGCAAUCAGGAGGAGUUCCUUGGAUCCCACGGCUCGUAGACUGUCCCUCGGGGCACCCGCGAUACCUCACCGAGCGUCGGAUGCUUGUCUGGAUCCGGUUCACGCUGCCAUACUCUUCAGGGAUGCACGCGGUUUGCCGGUGGUGGAUCCCUUCCUGGAAAAAGUCUCGCUCUCCGAUCUCGAGGAGGACGAGUCGCAGAUCUUCGUUAAGUUCUUCAAAUUUCACAAAUGCUACGACCUAAUACCGACCAGCGCGAAACUAGUCGUCUUCGACACACACCUACUAGUUAAAAAGGCCUUCUUCGCUCUCGUCUAUAAUGGUGUGAGGGCCGCGCCGCUAUGGGACAGUUCUCGGCAGCAGUUUGUGGGCAUGUUGACUAUAACAGAUUUCAUAAAAAUACUUCAGAUGUAUUACACCAGUCCGUCAGUGACAAUGGACGAGUUGGAAGAGCAUGAGCUGGACACGUGGAGAAAGGUCCUGAAGGAUCAGGUUCGCCCUCUCGUAAGCAUCGGGCCGGAUGCGUCGCUGUACGAAGCCAUCAGGACCUUAAUACAAAACAGAAUCCAUCGAUUGCCUGUGAUAGAUCCCGAUACCGGAAACGUCCUUUAUAUCUUGACACAUAAACGAAUACUUAGGUUCCUUUUCCUAUAUAUCCACGAGUUACCAAAACCGUCUUUCACCAAUAAAACGUUGAGGGAGUUGAGGAUAGGCACUUUCGAGAACAUAGAGACAGCUACGGAAGAAACUAGCAUAAUUUUAGCGCUCAAAAAAUUCGUAGAAAGGAGAGUCUCGGCAUUACCGAUUGUCGACACCGACGGGAAGCUAGUGAACAUUUAUUCGAAGUUUGAUGUUAUUAAUUUAGCCGCGGAAAAGACUUACAAUAAUCUAGACGUUUCAUUGCGCGAGGCGAACGAACAUCGCAAUGAGUGGUUCGAAGGCGUCCAAAGUUGCAAGUUAGACGAGACACUGUUCACUAUAAUGGAAAGGAUCGUCAGAGCGGAGGUCCAUAGGCUAGUAGUGAUCGACGACGACGACAAAGUGAUCGGUAUAAUAUCCCUCUCUGAUCUGCUUUUCUACCUCGUUCUUAGGCCUUGUGGUGAAGAUGGCAGUAGCAAUAAAGGUAGCUCUAUAUCGUUGCGGGCGCAAGAUACCGCGCUGUCGAAGGCCCCCAGCUCCGCGCAGUCGGAAGCGUCGCUCACCGGCGACGGUGAGACCGAGCAGGACGCCGCGGAGGGCAAUCGGUCGGAGGAGGCGCCCACGACCCCUAGUCCACCGCUGAGCCCCGCCGCAUCGGACAUCUCGGAACCUCAGUCGACGUUAGUCAGUCAAACCACUCAGGAAGCAGCGUGGCGGGAAGUGACCGUGUCGGGCGGCGAAUGAGAUGCCGCGUUAUUCACGUGCCCCCACGCACGCGUUGUUGUCUCACUACCGAGGAAGAGGAAUAAUAAUAAUCGGCGCUGCUUCUUCAGCCGCAGUGCGCCGCGUCGCGAACACCAGCGCCGGACAAGUAGAGCAUAACCACCGCGUAUUUCUACAUACACACACAUACACAAGACAACACACAUACAUAGACACACCCCCCUUGUUGUUAUCGCUCGCGCUCUUUUCCCCGCGACUAAAGCGAGAGACAAAAGUCGAUCGGCAGACGCGCGCGUCACGCUCGCAGGGAGACGCGCCCGCCGUUUCAGCGAGAUCAAUUUUGGUAGUCGCGACCACCGCCGCGCUAGUUGACGCGGGAAGAAGGGGGAUCCCUGCCGGAGGCGAGCGACGUGCGCGAUAAGAAAACGCGGGAUGCUGUAUAGUGUAUAAAAUCAUUUAAGCUUAAUUUUUUAUGGUACAAAUGCUACUCAGCAUAGACGUUCGAGCUUCUCGCCAGGGACAGUAGUAGUUGCGCUAUUGUUUGCUCAGAAUAACGACUCCCCCGCGCCCUUCUACAAUCGAGUAGUGGAAAAGAAAGGAAGGAAUAAUGAAACGUACCACUCGCACGUUCUCGGACGAGUUUGCUGAAAAAUGCCAAAUCUCGGUGACGACGCGUCAAGUCCCGUCUUGAUCACGUUUAUCUUUAUACAGUUUACGUUUUAUGUAUAUUUCGAAUCGGAGAAUUGUAGAUUCGAUCUUAAGUGACAGUUUUUAGAUUAUGUGAAGAUUAAGAAAAGAAGAGGGGAAAUUAGCUACUAUAUUGAAAAGCGUUGUUGCACGAUCGCUAAUCGUAGACUUGGUCUCGUUGUAAGAGGCCACUCUCACGUUUCUCUUCUGAUCGUAUUUACAUACCGCCGAUUUAAUUAAGCGUCUCUUCGACAUCUUUUAUAUACUCAUUUGUGACAACCGUUGUUGCUGAUUUCUAUUAGCGAUGUGUUAGAAAGAGGGUGAGAGAAAGAGAGAAAGAGAGAUAUCUAACUAUUAAUUACUGAUGCAUAGUUGCAUAAUAAACACAGAUCAUUUAAACUGUAUUUCAUACUUACAAGUAAAUACGGUGCUUCUAAGUUGUCAGAUAUCAUUUCAGCGGAUUAUGUAGAAACGAUAAAGCUGUAUAUUGUUAAUGUAUAUUGUUGUUAAAACAGAGACAGUCUCUGUACCCCUCCCCCCCCCCCUUUUUUUUGGAAAGGAUUUCACUUUUGAUGUAUCGUCAAAGUCGACGCAAGUGUCGGAUGUUAGGACUAUUGUUCUGUACGAGAACCGCAAAUCUUUUAUCUCUUGUAUCAAAAUCACACAAUGUCACGAAACCUGUGGAAUGUAAACGACGAAAACACGAAUAUUUAACGGAAUGCAGACGAAAAAAAAAAGCAGAGAGUUGCGUGAAA